GAAGACAACACGCCCCACCCUUCGCCCUGAGGGACGGCAACGAGGGCGUUACCGAAUGGCUAUGCAGGAAGAGGAAGAGGAGGGUGGACCGGGGGCCGAGGGAUAGGCUCCCUGCUGCCGGAGAGGAGCCUGGCCCGGUGACGGGAGUCCCCAGGGGUUGGGAGGGGGCGCGUCGGCGGUGCUGGGUUCCCGGCGAGACUACCCCCGCCCGCAAGAGCUACAUCUGCGGCGAGUGCGGCCGGGCCUUCACCAAGUACUCCAACCUGCGGCAGCACCUGCGGGUGCACUCGGGGGAGAAACCCUUCUCUUGCCGGGUCUGCGGCAAAGACUUCAACCUGCGGCGGCACCAGCGCACGCACACCAGCGAGUGGCCCUUCUCCUGCCGGGUCUGCGGCAAGGGCUUCGGCGAGCUCUCCAGCCUGCGGCGGCACCAGCGCACCCACACCGGCGAGCGGCCCUUCCCCUGCCAGGUCUGCGGCAUGCGGUUCAGCCGGUCCUGCAUGCUGGCGAUCCACCAGCGCACCCACACCGGCGAGCGGCCCUUCCGGCACUCCUCCAGCACCGGCGGGCCCACGCCGGCGAGCGGCCCCACCCCUGCCCGGUCUGCGGCAAGGGGCUUCGCCAGGCCCUCCACCCUGGCGCAGCACCGGGGCACCCACAGCCACCAGCGGCCCCACCCCUGCCCGGUCUGCCAGCGCGGCUUCUCCCGGGCCUCCGUCCUGGCGCGGCACCUGCGGGUCCACGCCUGGGAGGGCCCCAGGGUCUGCGCUGACUGA